CUCAAAAUUUUCCUCAACAAGAUGAAGAAGGGCAGUGGUGGAAGAGGAAACUUCAUGUCAGUGGUGGAGAACAUUCUGCUGGUUUUCCUGGUUUUCAUGGCUGCCAAUGCAAUCACAGGCGAGGCAGUGUUUGGAAUCGACAUGAAUCCAUGCACGAUCUCUCCUUGUGUAGCAGCCUGCAAGGCUGUUCUGAGGGAGAAGUAUGCCAGUGCCUCUUGCUUCCACAAGGUCAUAUGCAUGUGCUUUGGUUGAUGGUUUCCAGGGAGAUUCCCAGUCAAUAUAUAUGUUAUUAUAUAUGUAUAUAUAAAGUUUGGUGUGUUUGUGAAUGAUGAAACUUGUACUGAGAAGAAUCUUCUUCUCAGAGUUUCACCAGGUAUGCAUAUGAAUAUGCUUUCAUGGUGGAUGUAAGAGGUAAAAGCAGGAUGUAUUCUGUACAGACUUUGAACUUCAGUAUAUAAAUAAACUGAUAAAUAAGCACUUACUCAGAACUCUCCUGCUUCAGCAGUUGAGGGGGAAGAGUGCAGUGGGGCUUCGUGUCACACUUGUUCUAUGUAGAAAAUGUAACUUAUGUGUCAAAUAAGUUGGGAAAUAUUUAUACAAUAACUUUCUAUAAGAUCGACAAUAAUAAUUUAAUUUUUGGGAUGAUCGUUCUAACUAGUGAUAUGAUAAUUUAAUUUGCUUUCACGUGCUGAUUUUUACGAACUUUGAUUUGAGUGUUGAGCGAUAGCCUAUUGGAAACUUCGAGUUGCAAAUUUAAUAAUCAUUCAACAAAAUUUAUAUCUGUAAUAUAUUUUUUUCCGUUAUAUCAGUAAUGUUGACAAUAGGAACGACAAUAUUUAUCGCUAAACCUAGAGUCUAUAUGAGCAAAUAAUAUGUCUGAAAAUAUAUGGAUUAUGACACGAAACUCCAGGAAUGCAAAAGCUACAAAAUUGGUGUCUUGUCCAUUGACAUUGAUAUGAAUCAUAUCUCCCACUAUGAUCAUAUCAGGAAUGAUAAAACACAAAAUUUUGUAGAUUUUACCGUUCUGAGUUUUGUAUCUAUUUUUUCAGUUUAAAAACAUACUCAAAACAUAGAGCAAACUACAUACUUUAAUGAAAUUUGUGAGCCGAAAAUGAAGGAAAGCAAUGGUGACAAUGUGCUAAAGAAAAGCUUAUAGGUCGUUUGCUUCGUGGAUUUUAAGAAUGAAGAUUUUACUAAGACUUAAGUUUUGUAAAAUCAUGGAUAUAUGAAGGUUUUGGGUUUAUUAUGGACUUGAAAAAUAACAUUGUUUGUUUCAUAGAUUUUAUGAUAAUUUUGAUCAAUUAGAUUUGUGUGUAUAAAGUAAAAUUGACCUAUAUUGUCCUCAUUGGUAUGAGAAGAAAAAAGAAAGGGUUAAUUGCAUGAUUGGUCACUGUGAUUAUAAAAAACGUUCAUGUUUGGUCACUCGAAAUAUUUAAAUCCAUUAAUGGUCACUAAAAUUAGUAAAACCGUCCAUGUUUGGUCACUCUCCGUUAGUCUCCGUUAACCAAGACCGUUAUGUGCUGACAAGGCAGACAGAAUCACCUAGUCAGUCUAAUUUAACCCAAAAAUAGUGAAAUCCGACCCGCCAUGUCAUUUUUUCCAUCCCAACCCAACCAAAUCCUUGAACCAAAGCGACCCACCCAUCCAGGAACCAACCACUCAAACAAAAGAAGGGUUUAUCCCUGUUUCCUUUACAGAUCUGAACUCUAGUUCUUCAUUUUUCUUGCAUUCCCUUCGACAACCAGGUCUGAAUGGUGAUUGAAUCAGUCGCAUUUCCUCAAGUUGGACAGAACCGACCAGCCAAGCGUCUAGAAUAUCAUAAUCAAAGAUGUAGUCGAUCCGACGGCAGACCGAAGGGUGGAGGAGGCGAAGAGGUCGAGGCGGGAGUAAGGGGACGCGACGGAGAAGGGCGGUGCGGGGAUGUCGGUGAAUUCCUGUAUCCUUGGAGCUCGGGCUAAACAACACUUCUCUAUUUCUAUUCGCCAUCACUGACAGCCUCUCUACCUCUGUAUAUCCACCCAAAUACCCAAUUAAUCAAAUUUCUUGUUUCUCCCAGGUGGAAUAGAUGAAAAUCAGAGGU